AUGUCUAUGCGUCUUCAACGCGAAAGAGAUAGUUUGAUUGAGGAAGAGAAUGCUUAUAGGCGCCAGUUAGAGAAUAUUUCAGGAUUUGGAAAAAAUCAUAUUAUUCCAAUUGGAAAACUACAAAGAUUAGAUGAAACGGAUACAGAAUCAGAACCAAGUUCAGAAACAGAAAGAACAAAUAGUCCGAUGCAAAUUAUACCAGGAUUAAUACUUGAAGAACCUACUACUAAUACCACUCCUACUACUGUUGAGCGUCCUAUUAGGUUUAGAUGGAAUGAAGAAGAAAGUCAAGAAAGAAUGAGUGAUUCAAAUGAAAUGUCUGGUAUUGAUUUAGACGCAGAUGUUGAAGAUCUUGAUAAUCAUAUCCAAGAUGAAGAUGGGAGUGAGGAAAUUAGGUAUACGGAUGAAGUUAGUGAAGAUCAAAUUGAAGGCGACAGUAGGUCUUUGUAUGAAGAUGAACUCAGUACUAGGUGA